AUGUCGUUGAGACAUCACCCAAAAGCCUACGGAUCGGUGGCGGUAGCCAUCGCCUUUAUUGCUGGUAUUUUUGUGACCCUCGGUUUCAAAGACUUCUACCCGGAUCUGGAAAGACGGUAUCAGCAAAACCGGCGGAACAAUAAGCGGACUCGGAAGCCAACCACUUCAGACUCGGACAUGCGACGACGGUCCAGUCUUUUCUGGGGUCCAGUGCAAUUAGAAGAUCGCGAGAAGAAGCUAGAAUUACAGUUACCGCCAUCAGCCGGUGUGGUAGAAGGUAUCGAAGGCUGCAUUGGCAACACGCCGCUGGUCGAGAUCAAGAGCCUAUCUGAUGCAACGGGUCGCACCAUCCUGGCCAAGGUCGAGUUCCUCAACGGCGCCGGAAACAGUCCCAAGGACCGCGUGGCACUCAACAUGAUCCAGGUGGCUGAGGAGGAUGGACUGCUGAGCCCGGGGCGAGGAGACACUAUCUACGAAGGAACGGUGGGAAGCACGGGCAUCUCGCUUGCGGCGCUCGCCCGCGCAAAGGGGUAUAAAGCGCACAUAUGCAUGCCCAACGACCAAAGCUUGGAGAAGUCAGAUCUUCUGCAUCAUCUCGGGGCAACGGUUGAGCGUGUGCCCGUUGCGCCAAUCACUUCCCCGGAUCAUUUUGUCAACCUGGCUAGGAGGAGGGCGCAGGAGCACACCGACUCGAAUGAAGAUUCAAGCCGCGGCUUCUUUGCUAAUCAAUUCGAGUCGCACUCCAAUUGGCAGGCGCAUUUCAAGACCACGGGGCCUGAGAUAUUCUACCAAACCAGCGGCCAUGUAGACGCCUUUGUAGCAGGUGCCGGCACGGGAGGCACGAUUGCGGGUGUCGCCAAGUAUCUGAAGGAGGAAGCGAAGCUGGCCAACCUAAAAAUUGUUCUCGCCGACCCGCAGGGCAGUGGCCUGUACAACAAGGUCAGGCAUGGCGUCAUGUACUCGAGCACCGAGAAGGAGGGCACCAGGCGGCGGCAACAGGUCGACACCAUCGUCGAGGGCAUUGGCAUCAACCGAAUCACCGAGAACUUCGAGGCGGGCAGGGACUUGAUCAGUGACGCGGUCAAAGUCACGGACGAGCAGGCUUGCAAGAUGGCGCGCUGGCUGGUUGAGAAUGAUGGUAUCUUUGCUGGCAGCAGCAGUUCCGUCAACUGUGUUGCUGCCGUUGUCACUGCUUUGAGCUUGCCCGAGGGAAGUCAGAUUGUGACAGUUCUUUGCGACUCGGGGACGAGACACCUGAGCAAGUUCUGGAAGCAGGUUGCCAAGAUGGGCCUCGAAGACGAGCCCAAGCCCGAAAGCCUGACCGAGCUGCUGGGUAUCAAGCAGGACUCAUAA